CGAAAGCUUUUCCUGCAGUUUGGCGACUUGGGAUUAGAGCACGGAGGAGAAGCAACCCUUCGACCCUUGUAGAGGUAAAGCUGAGUGAAUGCCGAUGGUGAUUGAUUCAAGCUGAAAACUAGCUAGAUAAUCUCCCUGCAGCUACUCGAUGUGAAUCUCCGACUCGUCACCAACUAAAAUCACAGAAAUAAGCAGAGGGAUCAGAGAGAAUUCUUUCUUUGGUAGGGUUCGCGUAUACUCUCAACAAGCUAGAGUAAAGAAGGCUUCAUAAAGGGCAGGACGCCAUAGCGGCCCAGCCGACGCUAUAGUGACAUUGUUACUGGAGAGCGAGGACAGUUUCAAGUUUAAGCGCCCGUGAAGUUUGUUUCUCUUUCUGCUACGAAAAUGGUGCACACACUAACAGUAGUGAGCACAGUUUUUUUGACUUUAGUGUAUUUUACAUCUUCAAAGACGUUAUACGAAGUACUGACAGAAUAUGAAGAUUUACGGGAGUUUUAUACGAUGGUAAACAGAGAUGAAGUUUUACAAGUUCUACUGGACAGGAGGGAUGCAACAGUUUUUGCACCAUCCAACAAAGCAAUACAAAAAGCUAAAUCCAGAAAACAAGACGACCCUAAAAGAGAUGAGAUUUUGACGAUGCCUGGAUUUUACGUCUUGAACGUGGUGGCGAAUAAAUCCAUGUUCCCAAUGUCGAUAUCGCCUUUUUUAUCAGGAGUAGCCCCUCUAUAUUUAAGCUUGAAAGACGAUUCAGGUCCGCGAAAAGUAAGUAUUUUGAAUUAUUCAAUUUAA